AGUCAGAUCUGGGCACUGUUCACAACACAAAAGGACAUGGUUCAAUGCGGCGGACUAUGAAGGGUGGGGAAUACUGUGGACACAUGGAUCCUGGCCGGAGGCGGUAGGAGAUCAUGUAGACAGCACUACUUCAUACCCGCAUUUCUUGUUUGUAUGAGUUAAUUUGAUUGUGAGAAGACGGAUGCGUAAAGAUGUCCGUGGCGGGACUGAAGAAACAGUUGCACAAAGCAAGACAGUUGUUCAAUGAAAAGAUCAGUGGAGUUGAAGGAACAAAGUUGAAUGAAGAUUUCAUCAAAAUGGAAAAGAAGACUCAGAUCACUCACAAAUUGAUUCUGGACCUCAUUACAAAAACCACAGAGUACCUUCACCCCAACCCAGCAUAUAGAGCAAAAGUUAGCGUGCUCAGUACAAUGUCCAGGAUCCGGGGGCAGGUGAAGAAGGCUGGAUACCCGCAGACAGAGGGCAUGCUGGGAGACUGUAUGUUACGCUACGGAACUGAGCUAGGGGUGGAAUCAGCAUUUGGCUGUGCGCUGGUGGACAUGGGACAGGCCCUAUGGGAGAUGGCCAAAGUAAGAGACUGUCUGGAUGUCUGUGUGAAACAAAGCUUUAUCGAUCCUCUUCAGAUACUGCAUGACAAAGAGCUGAAGGAAAUUGCACACCAUCUGAGAAAACUUGAAGGCCGUCGUUUAGAUUUUGACUACAAGAAAAGGCAUAAGGGGAAGAUUACAGACUUUGAAAUAAAACAAGCAUUGGAGAAGUUUGAGGAGUCCAAAGAGCUUGCAGAGAGAAGCAUGUUCAACCUCCUAGAAAAUGAUGUGGAUCAGGUGCAACAACUGUUAGGCCUUACUGAAGCAGUACUGGACUACCAUCAACAGUCAUGCCACAUUCUGGACAACCUCCAAAGCAGCCUGCAAAACAGGUUGAUUGAGGCCAGCAAUAGACCCAGGAGGGAGUUCAGAUCUAAAUCUGUCGCAAGUUCAUUGUGCUACACAGAUAUUUAUGGAUUUUCCACUUUCUCAUCAGUACAGUCUUCAGACACUGAAAUAACUGAAGCUUUGAGUGAAAGACAUGUCACUCCGGGGGUCCACAGCACCAACCAAACUACCAUCAUGCCCCAAGCUUCAAACCAUUCAACUUACAAAAACUCUCCACUGGACCAACCUUGCUGUCGGGCCCUUUACUGCUUUAAGGCUGAAAAUCAAGGAGAGUUAGGCUUCAAGAUGGGUGACAUCAUUACUCUCACCAGUAAGAUUGAUGAAAACUGGUAUGAAGGCAUUCUCAGAGGGGAGUCUGGCCUUCUCCCCAUCAGUUAUGUUGAUGUUCUUGUACCUCUGCCACAGUGACAGAAGGCUGACAGUGCACUGAACCACACACUAUGAAAUCUUCAUAUCCCUGGAGUUUGAAAAUACAUAGCUUUGACCAUGGAUUAACAUUUUUAUUUAAAAUAUGUGCUUCACAUAUCACGGUGGUUUUCUUGGGUUUUAUUCCACUAUGCAAAUCUGUGUAUUUUGCUAUGAUCUUUUCUAUCUUUAUGUUGUAAAAUGGAAGAAUCAAAGCAGACCUGUGAAAUGUCUAGUAUGUCAGUAAAUCUUGAGGGUGAUGGUAAAUAUUAGUGUUCCUUACCGGUGGGACCAAAAAUAAUGAAUUAUUUUAUAAGUGAAUGAAUAAUUUCCAUAUGUUGCACAUCACAACAUAUGCAAUUAGACAAGUACACAAAAUAUAAUGUAGCCUACUGUUAUAGCCUGUAGGAGCCAUAUGAUGCUGCUUUUCUUUUAUCAAAGCCAUACUGGAAUUCACUGUGCUGUAAUAUAGUCACUAUAUGCUCUUCGUUUCACGAAAUAAUAUUUUGCAUAUCACUCACUAAAACCCGAAGAAUAAAGGUUCCAGCACAGUCUUA